CCGCAUCAGUAAAAAGACGAGAUGUAAGCAGUUAUCGUGAUCGUCAUGGAAAUAUAUCACAAAAUGUAUUAGCUGCUUGUAACUUUGAUUUGGAAUUCAUGUACGUUCUUAGCGGGUGGGAGGGUUCAGCACAUGAUUCCAAGGUGUUAAGUGAUGCUUUGGCAAGGAAGAAUGGACUUAAAGUGCCCCAAGGUAAGUAUUAUCUAGUGGAUUGUGGAUUUCCUAAUCGACGUAAAUUUUUAGCCCCAUAUCGAGGUGUACGGUAUCAUCUACAAGAUUUUGCAGGUCACGGUAAUGACCCUGAAAAUGAAAAGGAAUUAUUUAAUCUUCGGCAUGCAUCCUUAAGGAAUGUGAUUGAGAGGAUAUUUGGUAUUUUUAAAUCGCGGUUCACAAUUUUUAAGUCAGCACCUCCAUUUCUAUUUAAAAUACAAGCAGAACUUGUGUUGGCAUGUGCAGCAUUUCAUAAUUUUCUUCGCAAAGAAUGUCGUUCUGAUGAAUUUCCAGUGGAACCUACUGACGAGUCUUCAUCUUCAUCUUUAGUGUUACCAAAUUACGAAGACAAUGAUCAUGAACCCAUUGUUCAAACACAAGAGCAGGAACGAGAAGAUGCUAAUAUAUGGAGGACUAAUAUAGGUUCAGAUAUGUGGAGAAAUGCUAAUAAUUAGGCGAACAUGAAGUGAGAAUCACUUUGUUAUUAUUUUUUUAGGCAAUAAUGACUUUGUUAUUAAAAGGUUUAAAAUUUCUAUCGUUUUUAUUUUCUUUAUUCAAACAUUAUAAUUUAU